AUGGCUCGCAACAAGAAGAAAGGAAGUCGGCGUGGCGGUGACUCGGACUCGGACGACGCCAAGGCGGCACCGUCUGUCGCUCCCACUCCAGUAGAAGACGGAGACAAGAAGGCUGCGCGCAAAGAGAAGCUGAAGGCUCGCAAGGCGCAGCGUCAGGUAGCCAAGGUCCAAGAGGAGCUGACGAGCCAAUGCACUGUCUCAGACGGCGAACACGAUGACGCAAACGAGGACGAGGCGGACUUGUACGAGCAAGCGGCUGCUAAUGCGAACAAGAAGAAGAACAAAAAGAAGGACAAGAAGGAGGCUGUGAACUUUGCUGCGUUGAUGGACGACAGUGGAAGUGAAGAGGAGGAGCAGGAGGAAGCAGGGAAGGAGGAGGGGACGAAGCAGAAGAAGGAAGAGAUGGAGGAGAUGAAGGAGGAAGAAGAGAAGGAGAUGGAGGAGGAGAAGGUUGAGAAGAAGAAGGAGGCGGAGAAGAAGGUUGUGGAGGAGAAGAAGAAGAAGAAGAGCAAGAAGAAAAUGAUCUCAACCGACUUGUUUUUCGAUCCUGUGGAUCAAUUGGAGGAAGGCACCGGAGACGACAAGAAGGACAAGAAGAAGAAAAAGAAGACGAAACUUCCUUUUGAGACAAACGACGACGAAGAGGACAGAGAUGGGGAAGCGAUGAAUAGGAAGGAGAAGGUCAACAAGAAAGAAAAGGAGGGCAAGCGUCUGAGUAAUAAGGAGCGCAAGCGAAUCAAAGAGGAGCAAGAGCGUCAAGAGCGUGAGGACGAGUACCACCGUGCUGCCAACCCCAUGGAUGGUGCACAGUUUUCUGUUUCGCAACAGGCCUUUACGGAGGACUCAAACUGGGAGAAUGCGACCGACAUUCAUAUCGACAACUUUAGCAUUAACGCGCAUAACAAACUGUUGUACGAUAAUGCGUCGCUGCACAUCAAUGCUGGUGGCAAGUACGGGCUCGUCGGUCCAAACGGUCAGGGUAAGACCACCAUUUUGAAGAUGAUUGCGUUGGGAGAGCUGAAGAUUCCGCCAAAGAUCGACUGUCUCUACGUGGAGCAGGAGGUCGUGGCCGAUGACACGCGAGCUGUGGACGCAGUGCUAAAGGCUGACGCCGAGCGCUGGGCACUUUUGGAAGAGGAGAAGCGCCUUUUGGCAGAGCUGGAAACAAAGCAAGACUCGGCUCUCGAUGAUCGGCUAAACGAAGUGUACGAGCAACUAUCGCACAUGAAUGCCUCCGCUGCCGAGGCCCGCGCGCGCCGUAUCCUUUUCGGUCUGGGUUUCGACUCGGUCAUGCAAGAGAAGGUCACGAAGGAUUUUUCCGGUGGCUGGCGGAUGCGCAUCUCGUUGGCCAAGGCGCUGUACGUGGAGCCGACGCUCCUGAUGCUGGACGAGCCGACAAAUCACCUGGAUUUGAACGCCGUAAUUUGGCUGGAUGACUAUUUACAAAAGUGGAAGAAAACGCUGCUUGUGGUAUCCCACGAUGCUGACUUCCUGAACAGCGUGUGCUCAGAGGUGCUGCACUUGGAAAGUAAAAAGAUCGUGCACUACAAGGGUAAUUACGACAUGUUCCGUGAGAUGGAGAAACAAAAGCGAAAGCAGAUGGAAAAGGCCUGGGAGAAGCAGCAGAAGCAGCUUCGUAAUUUAAAGGCCUCGGGGAAGUCUUCCAAGAAGGCUACUGAGAUCGUAAAAAAGAAACGAGAGCCUGGUGCUCGUGCGUCGAAGAAGGCACUCACACCUGAUGAUGCCUCUGUUGCAUCAGCCCCUAUGGACCUUUUGGAGCGGCCAAAGGAGUACAUUGUGCAGUUCAACUUUCCAGAGACAACGAUUGUGUCGCCGCCUGUUCUUGAAGUGCGAGAGGCUAGUUUCCGCUAUGGUAACGGCCCGUACCUGUUUAAGAACACAGACUUUGGUAUCGACACGACGUCGCGCGUGUGUAUUGUGGGUCCCAAUGGUGUGGGUAAGAGUACGCUACUGAAGAUGAUCACGGGCGAGGUGGUUGUGACAGAAGGCGAGGUGCGUCGCAACCCGCGUGUGCGAUUAGGCAUCUACAGCCAGCACUUCGUCGACAAAUUACCCAUGGGCGAGACACCCGUGGAGUACCUGCGCCGGCUGUUCCACGACCAGUCGUACCAGCAGGUGCGUAACCUGCUCGGCAAGGUUGGACUUGAGGGCCACGCGCACGAGAUCAAAAAUCGUCUGCUGUCUGGCGGUCAGAAGGCCCGUGUGGUGAUCGCCGAGCUCAUCCUGAUGCGCCCGCACAUCUUGAUUCUGGACGAGCCGACGAAUAACUUGGAUAUCGAGUCCAUCGAUGCCCUGUGCGACGCCAUUCGCGAGUACGAGGGAGGUGUGGUGAUUGUGACGCACGACGCGCGUCUGAUUGAAUCAACGGAGUGCGUGCUGUGGGUCUGCGGCGACCAGGACGUGGUGGUGUACGAUGGCACGUUUGAGAAUUACAAGCAGUCGAUCUUGGACGAUUUGCACAAGCAGGCACAGGCCGAGGAGGACCGGAUCGCAGAGAAUGCUGUUAAGAAAGCCGAAGCUCGUGCCCAAAAGGUGAAGCAUUCGAUGGGUGAGGUCGUGGUGUAA